GUAGAGACAUGAAGAAAUGAUGAUACACAUUUUAUUUUAGUUCUUAAUAGCGGGUUAAAGUUUUUGAGAAGAUCAGUGAAGCUUUAGUUCAGUACAGAAUGAAGAAUUUCUUUUCCUUCAUCACCUUCUACCUGAUCUCAGGUUCAGUGCACUGCUUUGAUGUGAUCAGUUAUCCUGGAGGUCGUGUCAUAAUUAACUUCAAAAAUCAAGCUUUCACGUCAUCUGUGUAUUUUUGCAAAUUUAAAGCAAACACAGAGUGUAAAGAAUUGAUAACAGCUCGCGUCUCAGAGUUAAACAACCUGAUUCAUAAGGACAGAAUUACUCUGUUUUACACUGAAGGAUUAAUAUCACUGAUUUACAUAAACCUGAGUUUACAGGAUACUGGAAUGUAUCGGUUUGGAGACUUGAACUGGAAUUACGACAUUAACCUGAAAGUGAACAGUGAUCCAUGUUGUAGUGGGACAAAAGCAGUAACAGGUCAAUUGGGACAGACUCUGAUGAUCAGCUGCUUCUAUCCAGUAGAGUUUGAAACAAACCCCAAGUCCUUCUACAGACUAGAUGGUUUCAAUGAAGCUGAACUGAUCCGUACGAGUGGAACAGAACAACACCAGGACGACAGGUUCUCCAUUUCUGAUGACAGGAAGAAUAAAGUUUUCAGUGUGAACAUCACUGAUUUGAGAAAAGAUGAUGGAGGACUUUAUUCCUGUGCAUUUACUGAAGACAUGCGUUCAUUCAGUUAUCAGUCGUUCUUCACAGUAUUUCAGCUCCAAGCUACUGAAGUAACAAAAGACACAACAGAGAAUCUAGAUGGCAAAUUAGACACAUCUGAGUCUGCAGGAUCCACAUUCAUCAUCAUCAUCAUCAUCACUGUGUGUAUCUUUGUGACUCUGCUGUUGAUGGGAGGAUUUAUACUCGUCUACAAGUUGAGACACAGAACACAAGAUUCUGUACCUAUAAGCCAGAGAACAGAAACAAAUAACACGGCUGCUGAUUAUGAAAAUAAUCUACUUCACAUUCAGAACAUCAUGAUGUCUCCGGUCUACCAAAGCCUAACUCCCAAUACAAAACAAUCAGAUUCAGUCUACCAGAGUCUAGACACUAACACCAACCAGUCACAUUCAGUCUACCAGAAUCUAGAGGCUAACACCAACCAAUCAGAUUCAGCCUACCAGAGUCUAACUCCAAGCACUAACCAAUCAGAUUCAGCCUACCAGAGUCUAACUCCAAGCACAAACCAAUCAGAUUCAGUCUACCAAAGCCUAACUCCAAGCACCAACCAAUCAGAUUCAGUCUACCAGGUUCUAGACAUCAACGCCAACUAAAACCAAUCAAUUAGACUCAUUUUUCUUGAACUUAACUCUCAAAACCAUGUUAAAUGAAAGCAGUGUAAAACUUUGUAUCCUGUUAUCAUCUAAACCUGUAAAUGUAUUCUGCACAUGUCCAGACACUGGGAUGUGAAUUUAUUUUUUUUUUUUUAAAUCUUGUGUAUUUAUUCUCAACUAUUUUUUAUAUCUAAACCUGGCAUUGUGUACAUAUCCUGCAUUUAUACAAAAAGUCAGAAAAUGAGUAAAGGAACUAUUUCUGCUUUAUCAAUCAGCAAUGUUGUUCAUGGGAGAAAUUCUUAAGGUAGAUUUUUAUAUUCAACUAUUUGUUUUCUUUACCCAGUCAGAACAGUAAUAUGAAUUUUAUUGCAGACCGUCUCCCAAUGGUCAUUUCCCAACAUCCCCACUAGUUAGCUCUUCUCAUCACACACUUGCAUGUGAUUCCUCCAAGACACAUGAAGUCACUGCACUUUUCCAUCUUCUGUUCAUGCUACAUCACAGGGCAGCUGAACAUCUCUUACUCAUACGUGAGCUCAAAGAACCACACAAUUGGUCAAUGUUACUCUGAAUAUCAGAGAAAGAAGUAACACCAUCCCUCCCACUCAGACAGCACAGCCACUUCUCUUCUCUCAAAUUUACAAACACUGAUGGCUGUGACCAUCAAAAUUUGAACUUCAGAUUUCUCAGUAGUAAAUUUUUAUGCUGUGCAUUAACUAACUAAGCAUGUUUGUAUGUAAAGCCUG